UUUUACAAUUAAUAAAAAAGCGAUUUGGCGAUUAAAAAAUGAUUCAAAGUAAAAUUAUGUUGCGUUCAUGUCUUAUUUUAGGUUAUGUCAAUUUUGUCUUAUUUUUCUUCACAUUUUGUAAAUGCCUACGUGUGAAUAUGUCCAUUUAACCACGUCAAAACAACUAGAAAUUUUAAUGAUUACACAAAUCUGGAAUAUUGCCAUGGAGAAAAUACGUACAAACAUUCAAGAAAGUCUUUAAUAACAAAACAACCACACCUAACAUCGUUAUUGAAAAUUGAAAAUUUAACUAAUAAUGAUUUUAUCUAGAUUAAAACCAGCUCUUGCAUCAAACCCUUCAGAAAAAUCGACUAACAGAAGUACAGUCACCCCAAAAAACCUAUUAAACUUUAAAGAAUACUUAAUAAAAAGGGAUUAUGUUGGAGCAAUUACAUAUUUAGAAAUGAAAAAGGACAUGGACAAAAUAGGCGACAUCGAAAUGUGGAUAGCAUAUUGUUAUUUUCAUUUAGGAAAUUACAAAAAAGCGCUUAAUAUUUACGAAGAUCUUUUAAAAGCAAAUCCUAAAGUAGAAAAUUUAUUGGUGAACAUAGCUUGUUGUUAUUUUUACUUGGGCAUGUACUCAAAGUCGAAAAAAACUUUAGACGAAGUUCCUCUGAAUUCUCUAAAAACAAGAUUAAACUUUCACCUAUCCCAUAAGCUAAACGACGAAAAUGCCCUAAUGGAAUAUCACGAACAAUUAGAAGACGUAGUCGAAGACCAGUUAAGUUUGGCAUCGAUUCAUUAUAUGAGAGCGCAUUAUCAGGAGGCAAUAAAUAUUUACAAAAAACUAUUACAAAGAAAUAGGAGCAAUUGGGCUUUAAAUGUUUACAUGGCCCUUUGUUACUAUAAACUGGAUUAUUACGACGCGUCUCAAGAAGCUUUAACAAUUUAUCUAAAUCAACAUUCAGAUUCACUUAUAGCCACCAACUUAAAAGCUUGUAACCACUUUCGAUUAUAUAGCUUAAAUGAUGCCGAAACCGAGAUACGAAGUUUAACAGAGAUCAGUAGCCAUGACAGUUUUGGCCACGAUCUAGUACAGCAUAAUUUAGUUGUUUUUCGAAAUGGAGAGGAUGCUUUACAAAUAUUUCCUUCUUUGGUUGAUAUCGUACCAGAGGCUAGAUUAAACUUGGCUAUUUAUUAUUUAAAACAAAAUAAUAGCAAAGAAGCUUACGAGCUUAUUAAAAAUUUGGAACCCGCAGUACCUCAAGAAUACAUUCUUAAAGGGGUAGUUAAUGCUGUUCUAGGACAAGAACUUAAUUCCAUUGAACAUAUAAAAACGUCCGAAGAAUAUUUUCAUAUGAUCGGAAAUUCAGAAAGCGAAAAAGAUACAAUUCCUGGAAGACAAUGCAUGGCUUCAGCACAUUUCCUUUCGGGACAAUUUGACGAAGUUUUAUUAUACCUGACGUCCAUUAAAAGUUACUUUCAUUCAGAUGACGUAUUUAAUUUUAAUUAUGCACAAGCAAAAUGCUCAAAAAAACAAUAUCGCGAAGCGGAAGAGAUUCUACUUCUGAUAAAAGAUUUGAAUAUAAAAAACGAUCAAGUUUACAAUUUCCACUUGGCAAGAUGUUAUAUUAUGAACAAGAAACCGAGACUCGCCUGGGAGUUGUACUUGAAAAUGGAAAGCAGCCCCGAAAGUUUCAAUCUAUUACUUCUCAUCGCAAACGAUUGCUACAGAAUGGGAGAGUUCUGGUAUGCAACUAAGGCGUUCGAUAUGUUAGACCGGUUGGAACCUGUACCCGAAUUCUGGGAAGGAAAAAGGGGCGCUAUAGUUGGAGUUUUUCAAGGUGUUAUAGCUCAAAAAUUCUCUGUGGAUUUAUUGGGAGAUGUCCUUCAAUUAUUACGAAAUAGUGUUUCGUCUCAAGCUGAACAUAUUGCCAAAGUUAUAAGGAAAUGGGCUAAAGAUAAACGAUUAACCAUUAUUUAAAUUACCUAUACGCAUGUGUUUGUAUAAAUAGGUAUUUAAAUAAAUAACUGAAUUUGCAAGUUUUACUUUGUUGAAAAAGCACACUGCAUUCAAGCAGAUAAAACUGUAGUGCAUAAACAUUGUACCAAUAGGUAUGUUCUACUAUUGUGUUUGCUAAGGAGACAUUUUCACUAGCAAAUUAAAACUAUACAGUAAUUACGAUAGUUAACGUCAUGUCAUCCAAAAACAAACCAAUUACUCUUUAAGAAGAGCACACUGUUUGAUAUACACACGUAAAUUUCAUGUAUAUUUUGAAAAAACUAAGAUUUUGUAACUAUGCCAAUGUCUCACACGUGCUUUUAGGUUAUGUUCAUUGCCAAAUUAGAGUGAUAAGUACUGACACAAGAAUCAUUAGGGAGUAUGACCAAUUAUGAAAUAAUGCAACAAUACAUUACUUAAAGUUAAGUUAGCUAAUAAAUUAUGCGUAUGCAAUAAAUAAUCAUA